UUUGGCUGUGUUGCAUGCCGGGACAGAAUUUUGUUGCUAGGAAACCGUAAACCUCAGCUCCAGGUCAGCAACCCUUACAGAGCAUUAACGGCCUGAGGAUACAGUACAUGCCAUGGCCUCUGCAUCUCCGAGGGUCUCUCGGCAGAGCCGCUCUGGCCAAAGCAGGGAAAAUGAGUCGAGAGAGCGGCUGCCCAAGCUCCCUGAACUACAGAGCUCCACCAUGCUACCAAGGCCUCCAGUCCAUGUUCAAGACACACAGGCUGUGCUGAAGAGACGUGUAACACGGAAACAACCCAGUCUCCACCACUUAAAAGCCCGUGAACGGAUGUUUUUUCCAGGCUGGUACACUCAGUCACCUUCCUCUCAGCAAACAGAGCAGCCACAUAGGCGCCGUGAACAAUUGCCUGUCCACCUACCCCCUCUGAAAUCCACAACCAAGUUGUCCCAGAAUGUGGUGUCAACUCCCAGUCUCCCCAGACGGCCCUUUUCCAUUAAGAGUGGUGGACAGCUGGACCCUCUCUCUGAAGUUCAAAUUUAUGAGUACAGUAAGGAUGACUAUUUGAUGAUCAGCCAAGGAGGUGUGUUGUCAGUGUGUGAAAACGAGUUUGACUUUAUAACCCUCGAACGCUGGGAAGAGGAGUAUAACUACCACUGUAAGCUCAUCCGCAUCCCCUUCUUUGCCCUCUUCAAAAAGUGGAAACCCUUCUACGUCUGGCGCACCAAAGUUCGCGCCAAGAAGAUUCAUUUGGCCAGGGAGUACCUCCAAAACCAUUUGUUUAUUAUCAGUCAGUCUCUACAUCCUGCACUGAUAGACAUCAGGAAAAUGUGUUACCAAAUCAGUGACACAGGCUUGGGUCACAUGGAGAAAAAACACACUUACACACUGCAGGAGUUCCAGGACAUCCAGUUCAAACAAUUGCAAGAGGUAUUGACUGACUUGGAGAGGUUUCAAGAACUGGUAAAGGAGUUGACAGUUUCUGCGUGUCGCAACUACUUGUCAGACCCUCAAUUCAAAUCUGAUAGCUCAAAUGAUCAAAAGGACAAGACAAUUCUUGAAGAGAUCAACAAGACUGUUCUCUCUGACCGCCUCAUCUGCUUCAUCCGUCUUGUUGACUAUUUGGUCGUCAACACCUUGCACAUCUUGGUGGUGAAUGCAGUGGCCAAACUACUGGCUGUGCUCCAGGAGCAGGUACAUCAAACGCCCAGCCAUGCCAUUAUUCAGAGCUGGAGCCAGCACUCUGAGGCUAGCACUGACCCAGCUAAAGAAGAAAUAGAUAAGAAGUCUGUCAAGUCAGAAACUCCCCGUGCCCAACCUAUGUUCAUCUCUGAGCUGAUGCUGGACACAACUUCUCUGACCUACAAACCCUCUGAGGAGAACUUUCAGGACACUGUUGCAGAGAUCAUUGAGCGCUUUGAGAAAACAGCGAUGUCAGUUAAUACACUUACGGCAGAUCCGGAUUUUGAUUCAUUGACAGAGCCUGGAGAGUACGAGAAAUUGGAAAAUAAAUAUGAGGAUGGCCCCUGUUUGGAAUCCAUCAUAGACAAUGAUGGCCACCUUCAAAAUAUCAUCCAAAACAUCAAGGAAUCACUCCAGUUUGCCUUUGACGCAGCAAAAGUGUACUCAAACACGUUUGAGCGUUUUCGGCUGUUCUAUAAAGAGAACGAGAUUCUGGAUCUGGAUGAAAUGCGGCAACAGGAUCAUGGUUUGUCCUUUUUUGAAAAAGCACUGGAAUUAUAUCACAGUGAGCAUAAUGAGGCCUUAGCCAUCCAACAGAAGAGACAUCUAGGCUUACUGCUGGUGGACAAAACACAGCUCAAAGAGAAGCUUGUGUCUUCCCCACUCCGCUGUCUGGAGGUCAUCAACGAGAUGCUUACUCAGCUGGCUAAGAGGAAGCUAGAUGCUGUCAUUGCCGAGGCUUGUGAAGCUCAAUUUAAACUAGAGUUCAGUCCCUCCACUACAGCUGAGUUAGCCAACUCCCUCACAUUCCUGGAUGAGAUACAGGAGAAGAUUACGGUGCUAGAAGAGGAGCAAGAGACAGUAUGUCAGAUGUACAAUCUGAUUAACAUGUACUCAGUUCCCACGCCACCUGAGGAUCUGGUUGUUUUCGCCACCUUGCAACCCUCCAUUAACUCAUUGCACAGCAUCAUUGAUAAGGCAGUGGUAGAAAGGGACUCCAGCAUGGACAAGUUUUGCAGCUCUCUGCAGAUGGACAUAAAGGAGCUGAACUGUGAGGUCAUGAAAAUCAAGCUUAAAUCACAGGAUCCACAAAUCCUAGACAUCAAUGCAGAUUCCUCCCAAGUGCGUCUGCUACUGGGGGAGAUCCAGAUUUCUAUAGACGAGCUGCUGGCCCAGGCUUCCGCCUACACCUCCUACCAGAAGAAAUUCAAGGUGGAGGUGACCAAGUUUGACACCCUGGAAGACUUAACUGCAGAGUUUAGGCUGAAGCAGCUGCUGUGGGACUCUCUAGAGGAAUGGGACUCUUUACAAGAUGGAUGGAGGCAGAGCACACUUGAGCAACUGGACCUAGAGCAGUUAAGCUCACAGGUCAACAAAUAUAGCAAAUACGUCAAGCAGCUGGAGAAGGGCCUGCCACGUAACGAUGUAGUGCGAAGUCUUAAGGACAAGGUGGAAGUCAUGAAGCAGAGGCUGCCUGUGAUCACUGAUCUACGUAACCCAUGUAUGAAACCAGAGCACUGGAAGACUCUGGAGUCUGUUGUGGGGACCUCCCUGAAUGUGGAGGAGCUUACUGUGGCUGUUUUGGAGGAGAUCAACAUCUUCUCCUAUGGCAUGGAGAUACAGGAGGUCUCAGGACAAGCUUCAGGAGAGGCAUCAGUGGAGAACAUUGUUACAAAGGUGGAGGAUGCAUGGAAGACCACAGAGUUCACUGUGCUGUCUCACGGUGACUCCAAAGACGUCUUCAUCUUGGGAGGCACGGAUGAUAUCCAGGUACUCCUGGAUGACAGCAUUAUCAAUAUGGGCACGGUGGCAUCUUCUCGCUACGUAGCUCCUAUCAAGCUCAGGGUGGAAAAAUUGCUGAGACAGCUGAUUCUCUUCAACCAAACACUGGAUGAGUGGCUUACGUGCCAAAGGAACUGGCUAUACCUAGAGAGUAUCUUCUUGGCCCCAGACAUCAAGAGGCAGCUGCCUGCUGAGUCCAAGAUGUUUCUUAAGGUGGACAAGUCCUGGAAGGAGAUCAUGGCAAAGGUCAAUAAGAUGCCCAGUGCCCUUAAAGCAGCAACACAGCCUGAUCUGUUGGAGACUUUUCAGCACAACAACGCUCUUUUGGAUGAGAUACAGAAGUGCCUGGAAGCCUACCUGGAGUCCAAGAGAGUCAUCUUCCCCAGGUUCUACUUCUUAUCCAAUGAUGAGCUGCUAAAGAUCUUGGCCCAGACAAGAAACCCCCAGGCGGUGCAGCCUCACCUUAGGAAGUGUUUUGAUGCCAUUACACGGCUAGAGUUUGCAUUGCUGCCCGAACAAUCUUCUGGUGCUGCAGGAACUGCUCUGGACGCUGGAGAACAGGAGACGGUCUUUAGCAAAAACAUCCUGAACAUGGUUUCUCCUGAGGGAGAGAAGGUGGGUUUGACUAAAGGUCUGAAGGCACAAGGCAAUGUGGAAGAUUGGCUUUGCAAAGUGGAGGAAGCUAUGUUCUCCUCACUGCGACGCCUAAGCAAGGCUGCCAUUGUAGACUACCAGGUGAAGUCUAGAGAGAAAUGGGUGGUGGCUGGACAUCCAUCGCAGGUGGUGCUGACCAUCUCACAGAUGAUGUGGUGCAGGGACAUGGAUGCCUGCCUGGAGGGAGACCACAAUCACUUUGCUGCCCUGCAGGAAUUUGAGCUGACUAACUUUGAUAGGCUGAAUGCCCUGGCAGCACUGGUACGAGGACAGCUGCCUACUUUACACCGUAAUAUUAUCACUGCCCUCAUCACCAUCGACGUCCAUGCCAGAGACAUUGUCACAGAUCUAGUCCGCCAGAAGGUGGACACCAAGUCUAACUUUGAAUGGCAGAGACAGCUACGCUACUACUGGGACCUGGACUUGGACAACUGUGUAGCCACAAUGGCUAUGUCUACUUACAUUUAUGGCUAUGAAUACCUGGGAGCCUGUCCUAGACUGGUUAUCACACCACUCACGGACCGUUGCUAUUUGUGUCUGAUGGGGGCUCUCCAGUUAGACCUGGGAGGAGCUCCAGCUGGACCAGCAGGGACGGGCAAAACAGAGACCACCAAGGACUUGGCUAAGGCCCUGGCCAUACAGUGUGUGGUCUUCAACUGCUCUGAUGGACUUGACUACAAGAUGAUGGGGCGCUUCUUCUGUGGGCUUGCUCAGUCGGGUGCUUGGUGUUGUUUUGACGAAUUUAACCGAAUCGACAUUGAAGUGUUGUCUGUCAUCGCUCAGCAGCUCAUAACCAUACGAAACGCCAAAGCUGCUAAGCUGUCAAGGUUUCAAUUUGAGGGCCAGGAGAUCAAGCUGGUGAUGACGUGUGCUGCAUUCAUCACCAUGAACCCAGGCUAUGCCGGAAGAACGGAGCUACCUGACAACCUUAAAGCUCUCUUUAGACCCAUAGCCAUGAUGGUGCCAAACUACGCACUCAUAGCAGAGGUGAUUUUGUACUCAGAGGGAUUUGAGUCCAGUAAGACCUUAGCGAGAAAAAUGACCCAGAUGUACAAGCUGUGCUCUGAGCAGCUGUCCCAGCAGGACCACUACGACUUUGGCAUGAGAGCUGUCAAGUCUGUCCUGGUCAUGGCUGGGUCUCUAAAAAGAGAUAACCCCCACCUCAGUGAGGAUGUGGUUCUUAUCAGAGCCCUGAGGGAUUCCAACCUGCCAAAGUUCCUCGUUGAUGAUGCUGUGCUUUUUGGUGGUAUCCUAUCAGACCUCUUCCCUGGUGUGUGUAUCCCUGAGCAUGACUAUGGUGUGCUACAAUCCACCAUCCUGGAGUCUCUGGUUAAGCGAAACCUGCAGCCACUGGCUAGCAUGACCAAGAAGGUGAUCCAGCUGUAUGAGACCAUGUUAGUGCGUCAUGGUGUCAUGUUGGUAGGGCCUACUGGUGGAGGUAAGACCACUGUCUACACCAUCCUGGCAGACACACUGGAGACCCUCCAUCGCACAGGGCACAAGGCUAACAGCCCCUUCUAUCAACCAGUCAAGACCUAUGUUCUCAACCCAAAAUCUGUCACAAUGGGGGAGCUCUACGGAGAGGUUAACACAUUAACACUGGAGUGGCGUGACGGACUGAUGGCGCUGAGUGUCCGUGAUGCAGUCAACGACACCAGUGACGAUCACAAGUGGGUGAUCUGCGAUGGGCCAGUUGAUGCCCUGUGGAUUGAGAACAUGAACACUGUGCUGGAUGACAACAAGAUGCUCUGUCUGGCUAACAGCGAGCGAAUCAAACUUACUUCAUCCAUACAUAUGGUGUUUGAGGUCCAGGACUUGGCUGUAGCUUCUCCAGCUACAGUCAGUCGCUGUGGGAUGGUAUAUAUUGACCCUGAUGAGCUCAAGUGGAUGCCCUAUGUCCAGACAUGGAUCAGUGGUCUAGAAGCCAAGCUCCCAGACCCAGUUAGAACAUACCUGCUGGAGCUGUUUGAGCAGUAUGUGGAGAAGGGACUUCAGUUCGUGUUGAAGCAUUGUACCCAGGCAAUUCGCCAGGUGGACAUCAGUAAAGUCACCACUCUUUGCUCCCUGCUAGAGGCACUGCUGCUGGACGAAGGAGGGCCAGACCUAAAAAUGGAUUCCAAGCAUCUCAACAGUGUAUUAUGUCAGGCCUUCAUAUUUUGCUACCUGUGGGCAGUAGGCGGCAACCUGACCAGUUCUCACUGGGAUGCUUUUGACACCUUUGUCAGAGAGCAGUUUGAAGACAACAGCAGUGUUAAGCUCCCGAUGUAUGGUACCCUGUGGAGUGUGUACAUGAACUUUAACCACAAGCGUCUGGAGCCAUGGGAGCAGAUAAUCCCUUCAUUUAAAUACAACAGGGAGCAGCCCUUUUUUGAGAUGCUGGUCCCCACCACAGACACUGUCCGCUACGGCUACCUGAUGGAGAAACUGCUAUCUGUGCGACGUUCUGUACUCUUCACUGGCGACACUGGAGUGGGGAAGUCAGUGGUGGCUCGGGGCCUUCUUAACAGUAUUCAGGAAAAGGCAGGGUACCUGCCAGUCUACAUUAACUUCUCGGCUCAGACAUCAUCUGCCCGCAUGCAGGAGAUCAUUGAGUCCAAACUGGAGAAAAAGAGGAAAAACAUUCUGGGUGCUCCUGGUAACAAGAAGUUAGUAGUCUUUGUGGAUGACCUGAAUAUGCCUAAACUGGACAGUUAUGGCUCUCAGCCCCCUAUAGAACUCCUGCGUCAGUUCCAGGACUUUUCUGGCUUCUAUGACAGAAACAAGUUCUUCUGGAAGGAGAUCCAGGAAAUGACCAUUGCCGCUGCAUGUGCUCCUCCAGGAGGGGGGCGCAAUCCGGUUACCCCCCGAUUCAUCCGCCACUUCAGCAUGCUCUGUCUUCCUACACCUUCAGAACACAGCCUCAAGCAGAUUUUCAAAGCCAUCCUGAACGGUUUCCUUAGUGAGUUUUCCCAGGCGGUAAAGGACUGUGCCGGUCAGAUUGUGGAUGCAGCUGUUGAGAUUUACGACCGUUUGAGUGUAGAUCUGCUGCCCACUCCAGCUAAGUCCCACUAUGUCUUCAAUCUCCGGGACCUCUCCAAGUGUGUACAAGGUAUACUGCAGUGUGAGCCGAGUCAAGUGAGAGACAAGAACCAGAUCUUCCGUCUCUUCUGCCACGAGUGUCAGCGAGUGUUUCAUGACCGACUCAUCAACAACCAAGAUAAGACCUAUUUCAACACCAUCGUCAGUGAGAUGGCCAGCAAAUAUUUUAGCAUUACCUUGGAGCCCUCAUACUUUGUGUCUCAGCCCAUCAUAUUUGGGGACUUCAUCAAGGUGGGUGCAGAGAAAGUAGAUCGUCUGUAUGAGGAUCUGACAGACAUGGAUAAGAUUCAGGCUGUUCUCCAGGACUACCUCGAUGAUUAUAAUAUGACCUUCUCCAAGGAGACUAAGCUGGUUUUCUUCCAGGAUGCCAUCGAGCAUGUCUCCAGGAUUGCCCGUAUGAUUCGCCAGGAGAGAGGCAAUGCCCUGCUGGUGGGGGUGGGAGGUACAGGGAAGCAGUCACUCACUCGGCUGGCAGCCCACAUGUGUGGCUACCGCUGCUUUGAGAUUGAACUGAGCCGAGGCUACAACUAUGACAGUUUCCAUGAGGACUUAAGGACGCUCUACAAGAUGGCUGGUGUUGAGGGCAAAGAUAUGGUGUUCCUCUUUACAGAUACUCAGAUUGUGGUGGAGGAGUUUUUGGAGGAUAUCAACAACAUGUUGAACUCUGGCGAGGUGCCCAACCUUUUUGAGAAAGAUGAGCUGGAACAAGUACUAGCUGCCACCCGCCCCAAAGCCAAAGAGGCUGGAAUCAGUGGGGAGAACAGAGAUGAGGUGUUCCAGUUUUUCAUCUCACGUGUACGGGAAAAGCUGCACAUUGUGCUGUGUAUGAGUCCCGUGGGCGAUGCCUUCAGGUCCCGCUGUCGUAUGUUUCCUUCACUGGUCAACUGCUGCACCAUUGACUGGUUUGUGCAGUGGCCUCGUGAGGCGCUCCUCUCUGUCUCUCAGGUCUUCUUCCAGAAUGUGGACUUUGGCAGUGAGGAUCUGAAGCAGAGGAUUUCGGCCAUGUGCGUGGAGAUACAUGUUAGUGUCACAGACAUGGCUGAGCACUUCUUCUCAGAGCUCAGACGCCGAUACUACACCACGCCUACCUCCUACCUGGAGCUCAUCAACCUCUACCUGUCCAUGCUAAAGCAGAAGAGACAGCAGCUAGUGCUUGCCAGGGAUCGUGUGAAGAACGGUCUGACCAAACUGCUGGAGACCAAUGAGCUUGUGGACAAAAUGAAAGUGGACCUGUCUGCUCUGGAGCCAGUCCUCAAACAAAAAUCCAUUGAUGUUGAUGCCCUCAUGGAGAAACUGGCUGUAGACCAGGAGAGAGCUGACGAGGUGCGUAAAGUAGUGAAAGAGGAUGAGGCUUUGGCCAAGGUCAAAGCUGAAGACACCCAGGCCAUAGCCGAUGAUGCCCAGAGGGACCUGGAUGAGGCUCUGCCAGCGCUGGAGGGUGCCAAUCAGGCCCUUAAUUCUCUCGACAAGGCUGAUAUCUCUGAGAUCAAGGUGUUCACCAAACCCCCAGACCUAGUCAUGACUGUCAUGGAGGCUGUCUGCAUCCUGCUCAACUGCAAACCGGACUGGACCGGUGCCAAGCUCUUACUGGGAGAUGCCAAUUUCCUUAGGCGUCUGACAGACUAUGACAAGGACAAUAUCAAGCCUCAGAUCCUGCUGAAGCUGCAGAAAUACGUCAGCAACCCUGAUUUCAUACCUGAGAAGGUGGAGAAGGUAUCCAAAGCCUGCAGAUCAAUGUGCAUGUGGGUCAGAGCCAUGAAUCUUUACUCCAGAGUCCUCAAAGAAGUCGGCCCCAAGAGAGAAAAACUGGCCAAGGCACAGGAGGAGCUGGACAUGACUAUGGCCACCUUGAGGGAGAAGCAACAAAAGCUUCAGGAGGUGGAGAACCAGAUCAAGGUCCUACAGGAUCAGUUUGACAGCAGUUUAAAUGAGAAGGAGGAUUUGGUUAACACCAUGGCUCUGACACAGGCUCGGCUGACCAGGGCAGGGAAGCUAACUUCAGCUCUAGGUGAUGAGCAAGUACGCUGGGAAAAAAGUGUUGCCUUGUUUGAGCAAGAGAUCAUCAACGUUGUGGGGAAUGUCUUCAUUGCAGCUGCCUGUGUGGCCUACUAUGGAGCGUUCACUUCCCACUAUAGACAGCUGCUAAUUGACCAAUGGAUAAUACAGUGCCAGGAACUGAACAUCCCCAUUAGUUCCAGCUUCAGCCUGAUCAACAUUCUGGGUGACCCAUUUGUAAUCCGCCAGUGGAACACAGAGGGUCUGCCUCGUGACACCGUCUCUACGGAGAACGGGAUCCUGGUAACCGAGGGCCGCCGCUGGCCUCUUAUGAUCGACCCACAGGAUCAGGCCAACCGAUGGAUCCGCUCCAAGGAGGCUAAACAUGGUCUAAAGGUGAUCAAGCUGACAGACCCAAGCUUUCUCCGUACCCUAGAGAAUGCCAUACGCAUGGGCAUGCCUGUACUGCUAGAGGAGUUAAAGGAGACCCUAGAUCCAGCUCUGGAGCCCAUCCUGCUGAAGCAGACAUUUGUGGCUGGUGGACGGACAUUAAUCCGACUCGGAGACUCAGAUAUUGACUAUGAUAAAAACUUCAGGUUCUAUAUGACCACCAAGAUGGCCAACCCACACUACCUACCAGAGGUGUGUAUCAAAGUUACAAUCAUCAACUUUACCGUGACCAAGUCUGGCUUGGAAGACCAACUGCUUAGUGAUGUGGUGCGUCUGGAGAGUCCACACCUUGAGGAACAGAGGAAUGAGCUGAUUGUGCGCAUCAACGCUGACCGCAACCAGCUGAAAGAUAUCGAAGACCGCAUCCUUAAGCUUCUCUUUACCUCUGAGGGGAAUAUACUUGACAACGAGGAGCUAGUUCAGACUCUCCAGGAGUCAAAGGUGACUUCAGAGACCAUAAAGCAUCGUCUGGAGGAGGCAGAGGCCACUGAGCUGAUGAUCAACUCUGCAAGGGAGCGCUACCGCCCCGUAGCCACCCGAGGUUCAGUCUUGUACUUUGUCAUCGCCAGUCUCUCUGAGAUCGAUCCAAUGUACCAGUUCUCCCUCAAGUACUUCAAACAGCUCUUUAACGCCACCAUUGAGACAUCAGAGAAGAGCAGUGUGUUAGAAGAGCGUCUCCAGAUCCUGCUGGACCAGAUCCUGCUCAACUCCUACAUCAAUGUGUCCCGUGGCCUCUUUGAGCAGCACAAGCUUAUCUACAGCUUCAUGUUAUGUGUAGAGAUCAUGAGGCAGCGUGGCGAAAUCUCCGAUGCUGAGUGGCAGCACUUCCUAAGAGGAGCUACCUCUUUGGAAAAGGACUAUGCAGAACGGCCAGAUGUGCCAUGGCUAAGUGAUUUUUACUGGCGGACAUGUUUUGAGCUGGAGGACACACUGCCUUGCUUCAAGGACAUCUCCAAGGAAAUCACCAGAACCCAUAUCCACAUCAAGCUCGGACGUUUUCAAGCAGCUAUUAAUCCAGAGAACUGGGAAGGCUAUGUGACAGAGCUGCCUCCUCUUGGGGAGUCCAAAGAGGUGAAGCAGGAGAUCAGAGGUUACUGGAAUGAGAGGUUGGGGGCCUUCCAGAAGCUAGUCCUUAUCAAGAGCUUCAUGGAAGAGAAGGUGGUGUUUGCAGCAACAGAGUUUGUGAUUGUCAGCCUGGGGAAGCAGUUUGUGGAAAACCCUCCAGUUGACCUGGCGAACCUCUACAACGAUAUGUCCCCGUCCACACCACUGAUCUUCAUUCUCAGUACAGGAUCCGACCCUAUGGGUGCCUUCCAGCGCUUUGCAAAAGAGAGGGGCUGUCUUGACAGAGUUGAGUCCAUCUCAUUGGGUCAAGGUCAGGGGCCAAUAGCAGAGAAGAUGAUCCAUGCAGCACUGCAGAGUGGCAAAUGGGUCUUUCUGCAGAACUGUCAUCUGGCUGUCUCCUGGAUGUUGGCCAUGGAGGAGCUCAUCAAGACCUUCACUGAGCCUGACACAUCAAUCCACGAGAGUUUCCGUUUGUUUCUCAGUUCCAUGCCUUCCAAAGUAUUUCCUGUUACAGUGCUCCAGAACUCUGUCAAGGUGACUAAUGAGCCACCUAAAGGCCUGCGAGCCAACAUGCGACGGGCCUUCACAGAGAUCUCCAGCAAUUUCUUUGAAGACCACAUUCUGGGACGCCAGUGGAGGAAGAUCGUCUUUGGAAUCUGCUUUUUCCAUGCAAUCAUCCAGGAGCGGAAGAAGUUUGGUCCUCUGGGCUGGAACAUCCGCUAUGAGUUUAACGACAGUGACAGGGAGUGUGCUCUGCUCAACCUCAACCUCUACUGCAAAGAAGGCACCAUCCCUUGGGACGCUCUCAUCUACAUCACUGGUGAGAUCACAUAUGGAGGCAGAGUGACGGAUGCCUGGGACCAACGCUGCCUCAGGACAAUCCUCAAAGGCUUCUUCUCGCCUCAAACCCUGGAGCCUAGCUACACCUACUCCUCAUCAGGUAUCUACUAUGCCCCAGAGACAGAUGAACUAGAGCAAUAUAAGAAAUAUAUUGAGAGUCUUCCAAUCAUAGAUGAUCCCGAGGUCUUUGGCAUGCAUGAGAAUGCCAACCUGGCCUUCCAGCGCCAAGAAACCGUGACUCUAAUCAACACCAUACUUGAUGUUAAUCCUCGCUCAUCAGCCCAACAUGGAGCUAAAAGUAAUGAUGACAUAGUCUGCGAGCUCGCUGAAUCCAUCUUAGCCAAGCUACCUGAGCGUCUGGACAUGGAUGAGGCGCUGGAAACUCUGUUUGUCCGAGACGAAAACGGCCGCCUUAACUCCCUGACAACUGUGUUGGGCCAAGAGGCAGACCGAUUCACCAUCCUGCUGAGAGUGAUCAGGAUGUCGCUUAUCACUCUGCAGAAGGCCAUAGCAGGUCUGGUGGUGAUGUCAGAGGAGAUGGACCGCAUAUACACAAGCUUCCUCAACAACCAGGUUCCCACCCACUGGGCAAACUCUGCCUACCCUUCUCUCAAACCCCUGGCCUCCUGGGUCAGAGACCUGGCCCUCAGGACCUUCUUUAUCCAGACUUGGAUCACACAUGGUCAGCCCAAGUCUUUCUGGAUCUCUGGAUUCUUCUUCCCUCAAGGCUUUCUUACUGGAGUGCUUCAGAAUCAUGCCAGGCGCUAUAAUUUGCCCAUUGAUGAGCUCAACUUCCGCUUCAACAUGGUGCCGGUGUACAGAGACCAGGUAGCAGUCUGUGAGGCUCUACGCACUCUGCCCAACAACAGUAAACUGGACAUGGAUGAGGAGUUGCCAGAGCCGGAGGACGGCGUGCUCGUGCACGGCAUGUUCAUGGAUUCCAGUCGCUGGGACGAUAGCAACAUGGUGAUUGAGGAUGCAUUACCUCGAGUGAUGAACGCCAUGCUGCCAGUGGUGCACUUUGAGCCACAGCAGAACUACGUGCCUGAGCCUGACCUCUACCACGCUCCUCUGUACAAGACCUCAGCCAGAGCCGGGACUCUGUCCACCACUGGUCACUCAACCAAUUUUGUUGUGACAGUAAUGCUUCCCUCCAAGCGAGCCAGCGACUAUUGGAUAUCAAAAGCCUCUGCUCUCCUGUGCCAGUUGGAUGAUUAAGUUUUUAUUCAAGGACAGAAAGGAAUUCUAAAUGUGACUGAAACAUAUACCUCUAUGCACAACCAUGAAUUAACCUUGUAUCUUUUGUGGAAUUAUUUAUAAAGAUUUUCACAGACAUGAUUUAUGCUGAAAGUGCACUUACUUCACAUUGUAAUAGACACAUCUGAGCCAGCCCUGUUCUGCUUCCUUUGUACACACGUCUAUCAGAGGUGGUUAAUAUCGGUUAUACUAUGCAGCAACAAAGUCUCAUCCUGCUGACUCUUGAUGAGAGCGGUGCAGUACAUCCAGAUCUUUGAAGAUGAGACACGCCGUCUCCACGGUGUAAGCACCAUAUACUAGACUCCCAUACUGGAGAGCUCCAUUCACACUGUGCAGUAAGUAAUUGGAUGGAUGUGCUUAUGAAAAUGUACAUUACACAUGUAACCCCGGGGAGAGAAAAGACGGAGGAAUAGAUACAGUAGAUGGAUGAACGGAGAUGGGUGGCCAGACACAUAGAUGUUAUUGGUUCACAAAGAAGAAGAAAAACAGGAUCACUAAGAGGGAUGAGUUGAGACAGGAGAAGGAGUGACGAACAUCAAAUGAUGAAAUGUUUCCGCCACAACCCCCACACACAUCAGCAGCCUAUUUGUGUCACUUAGGGCAUGCAGUGCAAACACAUAAAAUAUGGCUCUUCAAACACAUUAAGUGCACCCACUGCAGUACUGGGGCAGGGUGCAGACUCAGUCUCUGUCUCUGUCACACACACUGCCUCCUCCACACCUUACUGCUCCAGUAACAUCAAGCAAGAACGGGCAUACAUAAACAUUAUAUUUAACAUCAACCUGGUGAAGAGCAGCACAAAAAAAAAAGAAAAACUGCAGUAGCUCACGUCGCUGUAGAGAGAAAGACAACUUAUUAAAAGCAUCAGUACAAAUGAUGAGAUUGAAAGAUGACAUUUUAUGACAGUAUCCCUGACUGCCUGUUACAGUAUUUGAUUUUUACAAAAAUCUUACACAACAGAGUUUCAGUUUGCAAAAUUUGCAAAACUCUAAACACAAAAUGCUUUAUGAUUAGUAAUUUUGCCUUCAAAAGCUCACAUAGCACACAAAAUUUAAGCUGUAUUGGUCAUAUUACGUAAUGCACAAUGUAUGUAUAUGUUUAGCAUUGGAUUUCAAUCAUUGUUACAUUUAAUCAUUGUUUAAAAUAAAAUGGUUGUUAUCAAAUAAUGCCACCAAACAACUAAUUCUCAUCAAUAUGCAAUGGUCAUUUCCUCAAGAUUAUCCAAAUCACAAGAAGACAAAAAAUCGCGAUUUUAGUCGAUGAAAAUGCAUUGCUGUAAAUACUGUAUAUAUAAUGAAGUCUGUAGUCUGGCUUUACACUACAGUUAAUCCUACAUUCAUACAAGACAAAAUGUUGAUUGUGAUUGUACUUCACUGCAUCAGUUGACAUUUUCCUUUCUGUACCUUCCACAAAAUAGACACCAAACCUUAUUGAUAUUUCAGUCAGUUGUAAGUUUAAUCAUCUAAAAUACAAUAAGCUACAGUAAUAUUGUGACACUCAAUACAUUGCAACAUUUUGACAAUGUAAACAAAAAAUAAGAAAUAGCAUUUUUUUUUUGUCCUUUUUUCCUUCACUAUUGCAGUGGAGGUGAAGUAAUUAGCAAUUACGCUGUAAUGCUGCUCACCAGGGAAAUAAUGAAAUAAUAAUAAAAAAAGGAGAAAUACUUGAAAGCAUGUUACAUUGAUUCAGUGAUCUGUAAGUUUAGUAAUAACAAUUGAAACUUGAGCUGUUAUGAGGUGGCUGUAUUCUGAGGACCGAGCAUGUGCUUUAGUGUUUAGAACUUUGUGUGUAAGGAAAGCGUUUUGUGCUUAAUGGUAAGAAUUUAGCUAAUUAUUUUGGCUCUUUGCAUUAUUAGUUUUGCACACUGAAACUGAGCCAAAGCAACCAUAAAGUAGUGUAACAUGUAGGCACACUAUUACAUUUGAUUUCUAAUACAGUGAUCAUAUGGUUAAAUAUGGUUAAAUGUUGCAUCCAUCAGCUGAAAGAGGAAAAAAUUAGUCUUAACAAGUUUGACCAAUGUACAGCUGUUCAUCAUUCACUUUCCAAUAUCUGUCGCCUUCCCACUAUCCAUUCCUCUGUCCUUCACUGUCCCACAUGUACAGACUACUAUGCACUUUGGAUAUUAAAAUACUGUACUGUCUA